CGGCGGCCCCGAGGCGCGUCCCCCGCGGGCCCGGGUGGUGCGGCCCGGCGCGGAGGCGGGGAGGCGCGAGGCGCGAGGCGCGGGGCGGCGGCGCAGAGCGCAGCAUGGCGUACCCCGGGCACCCUGGCGCCGGCGGCGGCUACUACGCAGGCGGGUAUGGAGGGGCUCCCGGAGGGCCUGCGUUUCCCGGACAAACUCAGGAUCCGCUGUAUGGUUACUUUGCUGCUGUAGCUGGACAGGAUGGACAAAUAGAUGCUGAUGAAUUGCAGAGAUGCCUGACACAAUCUGGCAUUGCUGGAGGAUACAAACCUUUUAACCUGGAGACUUGCCGGCUUAUGGUUUCAAUGCUGGAUAGAGAUAUGUCAGGCACAAUGGGUUUCAACGAAUUUAAAGAACUCUGGGCUGUACUCAACGGCUGGAGACAACACUUCAUCAGUUUUGACAGUGACAGGAGUGGAACAGUGGAUCCCCAGGAAUUGCAGAAAGCCCUGACAACAAUGGGAUUUAGGUUGAGUCCCCAGGCUGUGAAUUCCAUCGCAAAACGAUACAGCACUAAUGGAAAGAUCACCUUUGAUGAUUAUAUCGCCUGCUGCGUCAAGCUGCGAGCUCUAACAGACAGCUUUCGAAGACGGGAUACUGCUCAACAAGGUGUUGUGAAUUUCCCCUACGAUGAUUUCAUUCAGUGCGUCAUGAGUGUUUAAAUCAGGAGGAAGACCUGUGAACAUAAUCCACAUUCCGACUGGAGUUCUCCUUUGCGCUUUGCCUUCAGUAAUUGUGUGCAAACUUACACAGCCACUUUUCCGUAACAGAUGUUGUAAAGGUUUAUUACUUUAUGUGCAACUGAAGUUUUUAGUUUUGAUAAUAAAUUCUUUAGAAUGUUACUAAUAUAAGAUCUAGUCUGUUUAACAGACUAGAUCUUAUAUUAGUAGAUUCAGAACCUUGAUUAGUAGAUUUAGAACCUUGAGCCAUUGUCAUUCAUGCCUUAUUUUCUUGCUAAGCUUCUUUUAUGUAAAUUUAAGUGUGCAGAUGGUUUAAGGCACAUUAUGUAUUUUUCACUGUAAGAUACUAAAACCUUUUCAUCAGACUACAGCUGUUGUCUUCCCUCUUUUAAGAAGGUCUUUUACAUGGUAUUGAAAGCUUUAUGUGUGGAGUAUUCUUAUCAUGUAAAUGGUUUAGACCCACUUGGAUGCAAAAACAAAAAAAAACAAA